AUUAAUGGCGGAGCCGGGUGAUCUCCGGUUAUCGGUCGCAAAUCGGACCUCAACACUCAACUUUCUGAACCGUGCAGCGACGGGUCUACUCAUCAAUCGACUUGGUAUCACCCUCAGUACUGGACACCAUGGCCUCGUCUGCGACAUCAUCAAUCCUUCGCGCCUCGCGACCGGCCUUCCGCCAGGCUUUCCGCCAACAGACCCCCUUCCGCAGCCAACAGUUCUACCAGGGCGGACGACGAUGGCAGAGCUCCGAGGCUGGUGCCCAGCAGCAGCAGGCGCAGAGCUGGUUCAAGAAGGCGUGGGAGAGUGAGGUCGGCAUCAAGACCGUCCACUUCUGGGCGCCUGUCAUGAAGUGGUGCCUCGUUAUUGCGGGUAUCGCCGACAUGGCCCGUCCGGCCGAGAAGCUCUCGUUCACGCAGAACUUUGCCCUGACCUGCACGGGUCUGAUCUGGACCAGGUGGUGCAUGAUCAUCAAGCCCAAGAACAUCCUGCUCGCUACCGUCAACUUCUUCCUUGCGAUGGUUGGUAUCGUCCAGCUCACCCGCAUCGGCCUGUACGAGUCCAGCAAGAAGUCUGCCGGCGAGGCCGUUGCGGACGUAAAGGAGGAGGUGAAGCACAACGUCGAGGUUGUCAAGAAGGAGAUCAAGAACUAAACCUGUAACACUGUUAGAGCCAAGAGAGGUCAUGCGAGGUAAAGGAUCAGGGGCACGCUGUCGCGGAGGAAGAUGCUACAUGUAUCACUUGAUUGGGUCCGCUUUCUAGUCGGUAGACCUGCGUCGAUAAUAUCAAACCCGGUUGGAAAUAAUCAACUACUUGUUCGCUGGCGU